UGUGAUCCCUUGGGAGCAGAUGGUGAAUGGAGGCUUACUUCUUAGGAGCUGGUGUGUCCACGGUGCAAAGCGUAGCGCCGGAGGUGAGCGGGACGCACGGCUGAGGCUGAGACAGGACGGCCUGGCGCCAGACUGAGGCCGCAGCGAGUUGUGUCACCAUGGCGCUGAGCGUCCCGGGCGUCGCCGCGGUUCUGCUGCUGCUCCGCGUUCCGUCUCUGCACGGUUCCGCGCUCCCUGCUGUCUCCUCCUACGAGUUCACGGCGUUCAGGAUGCAACAAUACAACUUGGCUCAACACAAGCGUGGUUGCCGCGGCGCCAUCGUGGUGGCGGAGGCCCGUUCGGCCGACGAGCCGGUUCUGACCCGCCGCUGUGUCGUCAUGAAGGUGCAGGACUUCACCGCCGAGAAAUACGCCGAGGCCCAGAGGCAAAACGCCGCUGCCGUUCUGGUCCUGCUGCCUAGAAACAUCUCCAGCAUCGCCCCCGAAACCGCACAGAACUUCAUGGCGAGUGAGAGCAAGGCCUUGCUGAGGGAAACCCCCAUGCCCGUGUACGUGGUGCCGGAGGACGAACAGCUGCUCUACAUGUACGAGGAGGUCAAGCAGGCGGCGGCCACGCGGACGCUGUCUAUAUUCAUCCGAGUCCUUCGAAGCAUGGUCACUGCCACAGCCUUUCAGAUGUUAGCCAACAAUAACGCGCCUAUCAAGGCUGUCACCGACAACUCCAUAGUCACGCUGGAGGGAGUGCUUCCUGGAGCAGGGGAGGACGUGCCCACCAUCGUCAUCACAGCCCACUAUGAUUCUUUUGGCCUGGCCCCAUGGUUGUCCUAUGGAGCCGACUCCAACGCCAGCGGUGUGACCAUCCUGUUGGAGCUGGCGCGCCUCUUCCAGAAGCUCUACAGCAGCCCUAGAUCCAGACCGCAAUUCCACUUGAUGUUCUCCUUAACCGGAGGUGGAAAGUACAACUUCCUUGGCACAAAGAGGUGGAUUGAGGAGAACCUGGAUCACGCUGAGUCCAGCCUGCUCCACGACAACGUGGCCUUCGUGCUGUGUUUGGACACGCUGGCCUCUGAAGACGAACUGUACAUGCACGUGUCCCGGCCGCCCAAGCCUGGAACUCCCAUCCACUCCUUCAUUCAGCACUUGGAGGAGGUGGUGUCCUCCAGAUUUCCGUGGGUGAAGACGGGGCUGGUGCACAAGAAGAUCAAUCUCGUGGAGAACACGGUAUCCUGGGAGCAUGAGCGCUACAGCCUACGCAGGAUCCCGGGAUUCACUCUGUCUCAUCUGGAAGACCCCAAGUCUGGACUCAGAGGCUCCAUCUUAGACACUGUGUCACAGGUCGAUUUCAGGAAACUUAAGAGAAACGGAGUCAUCAUAGCAGAAGCGCUGGCUCGGUAUAUGUACGGUCUGUCUGACAAGGGUUCACCAAAAGAUGUGCAGCUUUUCAAGGGUCAAAUGGACUUCCAGGACAGCCGUGUGUCCAGUAUGAUGCACUUCUUGACUUCAGUUCCUCGGGCAACCCAGCUACUGGAUAAGGAGCCCGGUCACAUGCUGCUGGUCAACUCACUGGAGCACGAAUUCAAACGCUACCUCCAGCAGGUCCACAGGCACACCUUUCGGCAAAGCAAAAAGGACCCUGAUGUGACCUUUUUUGAUCAAAUGGAUCAACCCAUAGUUAUGUACAGGGUGAAACCUGCAGCCUUUGAUCUCUUCCUCGGUGGCUGCAUUGCUGCCUAUUUGGGGAUAGUUUACUAUGCAAUCCAGAAUUUUGGUUAUCUCUACGCAAAACUGAGAGCAGCAGUGAAACCCAAGCACCAGUGAACGCUGCGAGGCUCCGACUGCCGGGGCCGUGACAGGGGAAGCCUUUGAAGUUGGCACUGCACACGUCGGGCCUGUGCCUCAUUGGCUGCGCAGGACAUGAAAGCAACGCGAGAGUCUUCACAGGCUGAUUGUAUGCAUGCGCAUUAGUGUGCAUUUUCUUUGAAAUGUGUAUUAUGUUAAAGAUGCACGUACCUUUAAUUAUGCAUUCCGCUGUGCUUAGAACUGUUCCUUAGGACAACUGAGUGAACUUUGUUGUUCGAGGAGAUGUAAUCUAAACAAAAUAAAUUAAGAAAGACUUCUGGAUUGUGUUGCAUCAAAGUGUAGCGAAGACGGGAGCGCGAGGCGCGGCCUGCGUUUGAUUUGAGCGCCCGUCAAGGCGGCUGCAGCCACAUCAUUACUAUGAUUCCCAUGUCCUCCGCUCUGCAUCUGGUGACAAGGAUUUGACUGGGCUUUACAUGGCUGUCAGAUGAGGCCCAGACACUGCAGAGGGAUGAACAGCCAGUUCCUGUCACAGAUAACUCGCUGACAGCAGUUGAGGCACAAAGGCACCCAACAGUGCUGGGUGAAUUAUUGAUGCUAAUGUGGCAAGCUGUCAGUGAAACGAGGUGACUCUGGAUGAGGAUGGGAGAUUUUUUUUUUUUUCACAGUU